AUGACGAAUCAGCAAGAUCCUUGGAAUAAUCAGCAGCGCCCAUUGAGCCAGCCGUUCAAUCGCCAACAGCCUCCAGUUUUGCCGCCACCGGCUACUCUUGAGACUGGGGGACAACCAUUUUAUCCAUUACCUAGUCUUCCAAGCUUAGGCAACGGAGCAGGUCACCCACAACCCGGCCAUGGGUUCAGUAUUCCAUCCAUCAACCCUGGACACGAAGGGAUACCUUUCAAUCAACCUCCACCAGAACAACCAAAACCACCACAAGAGCUUCGGAGACCAUCGAAUGCUGCGUUGAAUAAUCCACCGAGCCAGUUACCGCCACCGGCAACUAUUGCGGCCGGCAACGAACAACAUGUUAAUAAUGGCCCUCCAAAUAUGCCUCAGGGAGUGCCAAACCGUUCCACAACUAGCAGUGUGUAUAGACCUUUGAAUGUGAAGGAUGCAUUAUCGUACUUGGACCAGGUAAAGAUUCAGUUUUAUAACCAGGCCGAUGUAUACAACAACUUUUUGGAUAUAAUGAAAGAUUUCAAAUCUCAAAGCAUCGACACCCCGGGUGUAAUCGAUCGGGUAUCGACCUUGUUUAGGGGUCACCCAAACUUGAUUCAAGGCUUUAAUACGUUUUUACCUCCUGGAUACCGUAUUGAAUGCUCCCUAGACCCUUCUGACCCUAAUCCAAUAAGGGUCACAACCCCAACGGGAACUACCACAAGACCAAAUAUCGGGUAUGGUCAAAGCUGGAAUAAUGAUGCUAACCAGGAACAAUCUGGUCAAAUGCAGCAUGCAAAUCAGCCACCAAUUCCUGGUUCAUCACCCGGGCGUUUCAUUCCAUCACACGAGCAACAGCAGCAGCAGCAACAACAACAGCAACAACAGAAUGGAGGACAGAUUGAAUUUAAUCAUGCCAUUUCCUACGUCAAUAAAAUCAAAACUAGAUUUGCCAAUCAACCGGAUAUUUAUAAGCAAUUCCUAGAGAUUUUACAAACGUACCAACGCGAACAAAAACCAAUUGGUGAAGUAUACGAACAAGUGACGGUGCUAUUUUCGAACUCCCCCGAUUUGUUGGACGAUUUCAAGCAGUUUUUGCCGGACACUAGUAAUCAAGGAUAUUUACAACAGCAACAAGAAAACUUGUUUUAUGGUGCAAACAACGGUACCUCACAGUUACCACCAGUAGGUAACUUUCAACCUCCGACAGGAUCAACUGGUCUAAGUCCCAAUGGAUCUCAAGGACAAUUUCAGCAACACGGAUAUCCAAUGGUUCCUGGUGCACCAGGAAAGCAAGAUGUUGCUGCGAUUCUCGAAGCGAACGAAGAUCCAAGUAUGAUGAGAAGAAAGAAGAGCUCUGUAUCAGAGGCUUAUCCUUAUGAUUACAACUAUAAUUCUGAGUCUCAAUAUUCUAGUUUACGCUCAGGUGCACAACCAUCUAAAAGCAAUAGAAUUGGUUCCACUAUAAAUAAGUCUGGAGCUGUCGUCACAAAUCCCACGUUGGUGCCAGGCAUUCCCGAGCCUGUACCUCCUUCCGCAGCCGCCAAGUCUUCAAUGCUGGAAGAGAUCAGUUUUUUCGAUAAGGUGAAGAAGGCAAUUGGUAACAAGCAAACCUACAAUGAAUUUUUGAAGAUUUUGAAUUUAUUUUCUCAAGACAUUAUCGACAAAGAAACAUUAGUCGAAAGGGUAGAUUCAUUUAUUGGUGAUAAUCAUCCUGAUUUGCUUAAUUGGUUUAAAAUGUUUGUGGGGUAUGAAGUUAAGCCUCAAAAUAUUGAAUCGAUUACAUUCAAAAAGCAUCAACUUGAAUUGUCUUUGUGUAGAGCAUAUGGCCCAUCCUACAGACAAUUACCUAAAGCUGAAACUUAUAUGCCAUGUUCUGGAAGAGACGAGAUGUGUUGGGAGGUAUUAAAUGAUGAAUGGGUUGGCCAUCCAACAUGGGCGUCGGAAGACUCUGGCUUUAUUGCACAUCGUAAGAAUCAAUAUGAAGAAAUUCUUUUUAAGAUUGAAGAGGAAAGACACGAGUUUGAUUUUAUCAUGGAAUCUAACUUGAGAACGAUCCAGACUCUAGAAACAAUUGCCAAUAGAAUAGCUAAUAUGACACCCGAGCAGAAGGCUAGCUUUAAGUUACCUCCAGGUCUUGGCCAUACAUCAAUGACGAUCUAUAAGAAGGUUCUUAGGAAGAUUUAUGACAAAGACCGUGGAUUCGAAGUCAUUGACGCCCUUCACGAAAAUCCAGCAAUUGCUGUACCUAUUGUUUUAAAGAGAUUGAAACAGAAGGAUGAAGAAUGGAAAAGAUCUCAGAGGGAAUGGAAUAAAGUUUGGAGAGAAAUGGAACAAAAAGUAUUCUAUAAAUCUUUGGACCAUUUAGGUUUGACUUUCAAACAGGCAGAUAAAAAGUUAUUAACCACUAGGCAGUUGGUUAGUGAAAUAAGUACAGUCAAGGUUGAGCAACAAAAUAAGAGAUUGCAUCCUUUAACUCCAAAGCCACAGGAACAAUUAAACUAUAAAUUUGAGGAUUAUGAAAUUUUGGUAGACAUUCUCAAAUUGGCCGAUGUUUUUAUAAACCGUUCUUCGAACUAUUCGGCCAAUGACAGGGAAAAAUUGAGUCAAUUCUUUCAAUUUUUCUUGUCUCGCUUUUUCAAUAUAUCGACUGAACAAAUCAAAGAAUCUUUGUCUGAGAGAGAAAAGGUUGAUAAGCCCGAAGAGAAAAACAACGUGGAUGGUUCGGUCAGUGAUUCCUCGGAAGGACAAAUUGACAAUACAAGUGCGAAGAAGCGUCAUCGUGAGAACGAUUUGCUACGGGACGUGUUGAAAAAGCAGUCAAAAUCAAGGAAGGAUGACCGUGCCGAAUCUCCGUCUCAAGUAUCAAGUGAAUCUGAAGAUCAAGAGGGAGCAGAAGACGUUAAUAAAUUGAGCGAAUUAUGGAUCAAGGCUACUUCCUCACAACCUGACUUGGCGAAUAACACUACUAAUAAUGAAGAAAAGCGUGAUAAGUAUAAUUUGUUUUGCAACACUAUCAUUUAUGUGUUUUUCCGUCAUUUAAGAACAUUAUAUGAAAGGUUGAAGGAAAUUAAAGCUAUGAAUGCUACUGUUGGUAAGGAAAUUAGGAGUAGAAAAUCACCCCAGUUUGCAAAAGAUUUGAACUUGCUUUCUCAUCAACUUGAGGACAUGGGAAUUCAAAUUUCGGGAUCAAAGGACUGUUAUGUACAAGUGUUAAAUUUAUCGGAAAAACUCAUUGAAGACGAAAUAGAGCAUCAAUGGUUCGAAGAGACACUUCGUCAAGGUUAUAGAAAUAGAGCCUACAAAAUUUAUACCAUCGACAAGGUUGUACAAGCCAUGGUUAAGCACAUGCAUACAAUCGUAACAGAUAGUAAGACUUCUGAAAUGAUGGUGUUAUUUGAAGCUGAUAGAGGUAAUCCAAUUUCCACUGCGAAGGAUCAAAUAUUGUACCGUAUGCAAGUGAGAUCCCUUAUGACUACUGAUGAAAACAUGUUUAAAAUAACGUUGAAGGAAGGUGAUAAUUCGGUUAACAUUCAAUUUGUUAGUCUUGACGACUUAACAAUCAAUGAUCAUGAAAAUGCAGAGGAGAAGUAUAACUACUACGUUACUAGUUAUGUUAUGUCUCAUCCAACUGAAGGUGUAUCUGCCUCAAAAAUCAAUAUGCCAUUUUCUAAACCAUUCAUAGAGAGUGUUGACGAAGAUCAAUGCGAUGGCCGUGUUAACACAGGUUUAAAGGUUUCAGUUUGUGAAAAUUCAUAUCGUUUAUUCUUUGAAGCUGAUACACACGACGAGUUUACUUCCAAUUUUGUCUAUAAUAAACAAUCAGAGGAUUCGAAAGAUAAGUCAGAUAAGGUAGAAAAAUUGAAGAGUUUAAUAAAUAAUGAAGAAACCGGAUGGAAGCUGACAGUAUCGGAGGAGAAUACUGAUAUUUGUGAAGAAAAGGUUAAGCUUUUAUUUGAAAAAGGUGCAAAUACCUAUACAAAAUUUGUAAAAGAAAAGGAAGCGAAAAAUGAUGCGAAGGAGGAAGAACAAGGUGUUGGUGAGACUGGGGACGAAAAGAAAGGAGAAAAUUAUGAAGCUGACAAUAUGGAUAUUGAAUCGUCAAAUAAAGAUGAAAAGGAAAAUUCGGUACCAACUAAAUUACUCCCCCCACCAACAAUAAGUGGUAAGGCAAAUCAUGACAAUGAUGCUGAUACUACUGUUAUUCAAGAAAACAAUGACACGACAAUCCAACAGGAUGGCAAUGACACCACAACAGAUGAAACAACUGUUAACCAAGAUGAUGCUUCGAUGUUGGUGGAGGGUCAGCAAUCUGAACAAACUUCCACAAGUGGAAAUGACAAACAGGGUUAG